CUCGCUUUCCCGCUUUAGUCUAGUAACACCAUUCAAGGAUCCAAGGCUCACUGCCCCAGCCCUACCUAUGUAUGUACACGAUGCAAAAUGGUACAUUCUGGGCUACGCUGAUGAUCCCUCACCAAUCAGAAUCAGCUCAAAGGAAAGGCUUGCUUUUCGCUCAUCGUCAGUUCGUGUCUUCUCUACAAGUAGGCGCACAAUAGUCACAACACCGGUGAAGCUCGUCGAAGGCUGAAUCCUUGAUGCACGGGUUUCGAAGCCACUAAUAUUGAAACACCAAGAUGAGCGCUCGCAUUCCUCGCAUUCCAAAUCUUUCACCCACCGAGAGAGUGGAAAACACAGAUAAUAGUUAAAUGCCAUGGCAUACCAUUCAGAAAACAAGCGAGGUAGAAUGUACCAGUCUCUUAUAGAUGUAUGCGGCUUUUUUUCUAUUGAUGCAUCAACGGCUGACCGAUGCCUGAAUGUAGCGGGGCGCAUGUUCUCGUAUUCAGAUAGAGCUUUCGUGUAAGACAGCACAUAAAUAAACAGCAGCGGAACGUACAUACUCGUGCAUGUUUGAUUGCGUUUUCGUCUAGAUCACAGCUUGCUUGUGUUGGUUGUUGAAUGGGAUUUUGUAUCUACAAGUGAAUUUCAUCUUCGAUUUAGCAGGAAUAUUGAAGAUCAACAUGGCCAUGGGAAAAUACUCGCCGGGUUCGAUUUGGUUUUACGCGCCUAACAAAGUUGCACCCAUCGUCUUCAUCGUCUUAUUCUUCAUCUCAGGCAUCCUUCACGCCUGGCAGACGAUCAAGCAUAAAUCAUGGCGAACAACAAUUCUCCUCCCAUGGGCAGCGGCCUUGAUGAUAGCCGGCUUCGUGAUGCGGGAACUGGGCGCCCACCAGACAGACAACCUCGGAUACCUAGUCGCGUCGACGGUGCUGAUCAUGAGCGGUCCGCCCGUGUACGCCCUCAUCAACUACUUCGUCCUCUCUCGGGUGCUAUAUUACAUACCAUACCUUGCACCGCUCCAUCCGGGUCGAGUGGCGACCACAUUUGUGGGGCUCGACGCUGUAUGCGAGAUUCUCAUCGGACAAGGGGCGUGGCGCAUGGUGAACUCCUCCAUGACAGAGAAGCAGCGGCAGCUAGGAGCGAAUCUGGUGACAGCCUCUCUGUCGCUUCAAGUUGUACUUUUUGGGUCAUUUGGGCUGCUAGCAGCGCAGUUCCACCGCCGUGCUCGCCAUCGCGGGGUCUUGUCUCGAGAUUUACGCACUGUGCUUGUCGUGCUGUACAUCUCGGCGUCGAUUGUGACGAUCCGCUGCAUCUACCGGUUGGUCGAGUAUAUUCAAGGCUGGAAUUCGACCAUCUACAAGAAUGAAGUGUUCUUUUGGAUUUUCGAGGCCGUCAUCAUGUUGCUGAAUACUUGCCUCCUCAACCUGUUCCAUCCGGGUAAACGCUUGCCACGGUCCAACUCGGUGUUCCUGGACCGCGACGGCGUCACAGAACGCCGUGGACCUGGAUGGGCCGACGAUCGGCCGUGGAUUGUUACGGUUUUUGAUCCAUUCGACGUAUGGGGGAUUGUCACAGGCAAGGAUAAAGAGACCCAAUUUUGGGACAUGAGCGACGAAGAACUGGCCAGAAUGAGGGAAGAAAAGAAACAAAACAAGAGAGGGGUGCUUGCUGGACUGUUUGAUCCCUUCCGUCUAUGCGGAUCACGGGGGUAUGUAGGUAGACAUUUUGCAGGAGCACACGAGACAAAGUAA